AUGGUCUCCUUCACCAGCUCACUGCUUGUUGCGGCUGCUUCGCUCGCAGCAGCACAAGUCCCAGUCAAUGGCUCUGACAACUUCAUGAAUGCCGCUUUCAAAGCCUUCUCCGGCAAUCCAUUUCAGAAGUACACCUUGACCGCUGACGGCAUCAAUGCCACAUUCAUCCCAUACGGUGCUCGUCUCACGAACUUAUUCGUCAAGGACAAGGCAGACUGCUAUCAGGAUGUUGUGCUGGGAUACGACAAUGCUACCCAGUACUUGACGGACAGUGAGACGAACCAUGCCUACUUCGGCCCAAUCGUGGGUCGUUACGCCAACAGAAUUCUAAACGGUACCUUCACACUCGAUGGCGUGACCAGCCACAUCCCGGAGAACGAGCACAAUGGUACCGACACCCUGCACGGUGGAGAGGUCGGCUACGAUCAGCAAAACUGGACUGUCGCCUCCGUGACCGGCAACAGCAUCACCUUCGUCUUCUAUGAUGAGGCUCAGUCCGGCUUCCCAGGCGAUGUACUCAACGUGGCCACUUACACCCUGACCGAUGCUCCAGCCUUCAUCAGCCGCCUCGUCUCCAUCCCAUUGAACGAGCAAACACCAAUCAUGCUUGCCAAUCACAUCUACUGGAACUUGGGCGCCUUCAUCAACGAGAAGGCCAAGUACAUCCUGAACGACACCCUCUACAUGCCUUACGCCGACCGCAUUAUCGAUAUCGACGGCAUCGAGCUCCCCACUGGCGGCAUCAACAUCACGAACGGCACUGCCUACGACUUCACGAAGCCCGGCAAGACCAUUGGCCAAGACAUCGGCACCCUCGUCAACUCCUGCGGUACAGGCUGCAGCGGGUACGACAACGCCUUCAUCCUCGACCGCCCACGCUACUCCGGCCCCGAUGACCCUGAGCUCGAAGUUCUCCGUAUGUGGGCACCAGAGACGGGCAUUCAGAUGAGCCUGGAGAGCAAUCAGCAGGGUCUCCAGAUCUACAGCUGCACGGGCCAGAACGGCACAAUCCCAGUCAAGGCCAGCCAGCAGCAUGCCAACACCACAACUUACGUGGAGAAGGCUGGUUGCGUCGUCAUUGAGACUCAGGAUUGGAUCGACGGCAUCAACCAGCCACAAUGGGGUCGUAACGAGUGGCAGGUCUUCUCGCCCACCACCGAGCCCGCCAUCAACUACCAGAAGUAUACCUUCAGCGUAGUUAAUGCGUAA